UCGGCCUCCGUGCGCCAGAGGGAGCUGGGUCGGCCGGCAGCCAUGACCCGGUUUCGGCUGCUGCCGCCGCUGCUGGCGCUGAGCGUGCUUUCAGCUUCUGUCCCGGUUCAUCUGGCGACGCCGUCCUCGCAGAACAGCCUGGUCACGAUGAUCGGGGCAGCGGUGGAUACCAUGGACGCCAACCUGGGCAACCUCACGCAGGCGGUAAACGAUGCCUGGGUACCCCCGUCAGGAUUGAUGCCCUCUGUCCGGAUGCAGGCGGCAGUCUUGAAGUUGAAGGCACGCUCUCCGACGCUGCGCUCUCUCGUCGCCCGAAUCAGACGGGAACGACUUCCUCCAGCGCGAAUGUCGCUGGAGACUGACUCGGAGAAAUGCAACAUGACCGCGGUGAAACAAACGUUGUAUAAUUCCGCGUUGGUCCUGGAUCGAGUAACGGCCAAGGUACUGACCACUUCUGUUCUGAGUGAACUUAUCAGUCGAAACCAAGAGUUGGGGAGCUAUACAAAUUGCCAACUGCAAAUCAAUACAGGGAAUGACACGAAGGCUCUGCUCAAGUACAUAGACAAUGUAGCGAAACAUGUAGCCCCUGCGGCAGCGUCUGCUGCCAUCGCCGCCCAGCCGCCCGGCUUGCCGCUCAGUUCGCCGUUCAUGGUCCUGCUGGUGACACUGAGUUGCCUGCUGACACUGCUGCUGCUGGUCGGCCUGGCCGUGCUGGCGCAUCGGGGCGCCGUUCAAUCUGUCGGGCUGCCGGCACCGCAGCGGACCGUCGCCGAACAGAAGCAGACGGCUCACCAGCCGGCCGAGCCCCCAAACAACCUGCAUCAGGCCGAGAACUGGCGGUGGCGCCGCCAGAGCGACGUCGAGCUUCAAGACUCGCCGGCCAGGCCGCGCACCGCCAAAACCUCCACUUGGAGCCGUAUCUGGGGCGGCGUGGUGCGCGACUACGAGCGCUCGCGGUCCCCCAGCGGUGGGAUGACCGGCGAGCCGCGUCCCGUUCGCAGCCAAACUCCCCCGGUGCCGGCGCGGCGCGAGAAGAACGAGCGACCGCCGGCGCGGCCCGAGAGGGACGAGCGACCGCCGCCGCGCCGCCCGUCGCCCGCCCCUGACAGCGGCAGUGACAACUGGUCCUUUGGCCCGUCGGCGCGCAGCAAGUCCACCAACUCGCCGUUCACCACCUAGUGGCAGGCACACGUCUCACGGUAUUCGUGGACUUGGCCUGGUCAAACGUGGGACGCUGGUGUAAUGCGGCAUCCUGAGGGCGCUUCGGACCAACGUAGCUAUGUAGUUUAUGCAAAGUGAGCUAUAACUCACUUACUUGUCCAGCUCACGCCAUACUGUCGUGUCGUUCGCCGCUGAAGAUACGCACGCUGUCCAGGUUGUGAUAAUCAGUUCGCAGGCUACAAAACCUACACUUUCCCGUUCACGAGGUUUCCAUUUCAUGAAUCACGUGCAGAUGACUCCUUUUUCAGCCGUGAUGCAGUGUGCCGCCACGUCGGAGAGGGAGCCCACCUCUCACCAGUAAUAAUGAAACUUAAAAGCACGCCCAUGGCGUUGCAUGAAAUAAUCCACUGCAAUUACCUCCGUCCCUCGAUCCGCAUCCGCUUGAAACGCUUGCCUUCAGCUGCCGUGAAGAUGCCUGUCAUUAGCCCUGCGUUGAAGGUGAUACACCGUUUUUUUAGAUGAGAGGUUACGGAAGGGAUGAGGAAGACGUUUCGGAUUGAUCCAAUGACGUUAAUUAAGUCUAAGAUCAUAUGUUUGGAAAAGAGAAUAACGAUGCCAGGAAGCGAGGCUAAACAUUCUCAUGGCCCGUGUGUAAAUAAAAUAAAUGUAUAUCGCGAUAA